AUUGGUUUGUACAGGAGAGACCUGCCCAAGAUCCUCUCUAUAAAUGGUGUUUCAAGCCCAGCUUCCAGGCUCAUCAUACAACACCAUAACUGAACAGAGUACCAGACAAGAGUGGCAGAAUAGCAAAAAACCAUGGCUGAUUUAAAAUUGACAAAUAUCAACUGGCAGCUAGAAGCAAAUGGGAGCGCACACCAUACCGAUGAAUACGCCAGCAAAGAACUCAUUGUGAGGAGAGGACAGCCCUUCUCCAUCAUGCUGAACUACAACAGAACACUGAAGCCUGAAGAGAGCUUAACAUUCACUGCAGAAACAGGACCAAAACCAUCACUGCAAGCUAAGACCCAGGCUGUAUUCAGCAUCUCCAGCACAGCAAGCAAUGGUACCUGGAGCGCAGUCCAACAAUCCACCGAGUCCAGCUCCGUCACCAUCUCUAUUUACUGUCCAGCCAAUGCUGCCAUCGGACGCUACAAACUGAGCGUGCAGCCUACCUCAGCCUCCCGUACACCUGUCGGAACUUUUGUUCUACUCUAUAACCCCUGGUCUCAAGGAGAUGAUGUGUUUAUGCCUAACAAUGCUGAACGCCAAGAGUACGUGAUGGAAGAGUUUGGGAUGGUUUUUACAGGCAACGCAAACCGCAUUAACAGUUCUGGUUGGAACUAUGGCCAGUUUCAAAAAGGCAUUCUGGAUAUUUGCCUCGCCUCGCUGGAUAAAAGCCUAAACUACCGUAGAGACCCUGCCACCGAUGUGUCUCGCAGAAAUGAUCCCAAGUACGUGGGCCGUGUGCUCAGUGCCAUGAUCAACAGUAAUGAUGAUAAUGGGGUAGUGAUGGGAAACUGGAGUGGAAAUUACAGUGGUGGAGCAAGUCCCAGCAGUUGGAACGGAAGCGUUGAAAUCCUGAGAAAGUGGAAGGCUGCGGGAUUUAAACCUGUCAAAUACGGACAAUGCUGGGUUUUUGCAUCAGUGCUGACCACAGUGCUCAGAUGUCUGGGGAUUCCUACUCGCAUGAUUUCAAAUUUCAACUCUGCCCACGAUACAGAUAAAAACCUGAGUGUGGAUGAAUAUUAUGAUGAAUCUGGAAAUCCUCUGAGAAUGGGAGGUGACAGCGUCUGGAAUUUCCAUGUCUGGAAUGAAAGCUGGUUUACCCGAAAGGACCUCGGAUCCUCCUACAACGGAUGGCAAAUUCUGGAUGCGACCCCCCAGGAGAGAAGCGCAGGAAUAUUCCAGUGUGGUCCUGCCUCACUUACGGCCAUCAAAGAAGGAGAUGUAGACCUGGACUAUGACGCUCCAUUUAUAUUUGCUGAGGUGAAUGCAGACCGGAUCACCUGGAGAUACAACCCCACAACUAGAGAGACAAAGCCUAUCUCCUCUGACACCAUGUCAAUUGGCAAGUUCACCAGCACCAAGGCAGUAGGCAGUUACGCCCGUGUAGAUGUCACUAAUGAUUACAAAUAUGAAGAAGGCUCUCAGAAGGAAAGAGAGGUGUAUCAAAAGGCUCGCACAAAACUGGGCCGAGUAUAUGGUUUUGCUGCCACAGCAGAGAGGCAUCCAGAAUUUGAUCAAAAGCCUGAUAUCUCAGGGACAUUCAAGGUAGAUGGAGCCUUAGAGAUUGGCAAAGAUGUCAGACUAAGCUUGGUUCUCAGAAAUUUGACCUCAGAGGCUAAAGAUAUAAAGGCAAAUAUGACUGCUUGGAGCAUCGUGUACACCAGGAAGCCAAUUCAUGAGGUGUGGAAGGACUCCUUAUCAGCUACUCUUGCUUCUGAAGAAGAGAAACGGUUUCCCAUUAAGAUCGCGUAUGCCGAGUACCAGCAACAUUUAACUAGCGACAACAUGCUGCGAGUGACUGCUCUGUGUCAAGUAGAAGGUGGGAUUGAAGUGGUGGUGGAAAGGAACAUUGUUCUGGAGAACCCUCAGCUUGUCAUGCAGGUGGUCGGUGAUGCCAAGGUGAAUGAACCAGUGAAUGUGGAAGUGAUAUUUACCAAUCCUCUCGACCAAGAGGUGAAAGACUGCACCCUGCAGGCAGAAGGCAGCGACCUGCUCAAAGAAAAGCUCAAGAUAGAAAUGCCCCCACUAAAGCCCAAGCAGAGCUCCAAAGUGCCGUUUGAGAUCUUUCCCACCAAGACUGGAACCAAGCAGCUGCUCGUUAAUUUCUCCAGUGACAAGUUUCCGGAUGUCAAAGCCUUUGAGACCAUAAAUGUGGCCAACUGAUUGUAAGAUGUGCAGUGGUCAGUUUGGUUGUGUAAUCUUGAGAGAAAUCAUGCAAGAAAGCUCCUAUCUUCUAUGAACAAUUAUUAACCAAUUUACUUCUGCAAUAGAAACAAAAACCAUAUCCUAACAGAAAAUGUUACAUAGUUAUACAUUUGAAUAUGCAAUGAAGCAGAGAUUCUUCACAUAGUAGUGUAAAUGUUCAUAUUUUAAAUAUACUGUCUGAACAUCU